AUGGAGAUGACUGUUAACGGGAGGGACACCGAGCAGCACCACCACCUUGGCCUCGGCCUCGGCCUCGGGCUCAGUCUCGGCAUGUCCGGUACGACGUCUCCCGUCGAGCCGGCGGCGCCCCAGCGUGCUCUGACCGCUGCUGCGCCGUCGACGCUGGGGCGGCAGCAGCAGCAGUCCUGGAAUGGCGCCGGCCUCUUCUAUCCGGCCUCCUCCGGCGAGCAGCCUCGCUCGCAUGCAGAUGACCGGAGGCUGGCGGCGUUGGCGUGCCACGAGAUGCCGUCCCUGCGCGGGAUCGACGUCAACCGGGCGCCGGCCACGGGGGGCGCGAGGGGCAGCUGCGGCGCCAGCGAGGACGAGGAGCCCGGCGCGUCGUCGCCCGACAGCACGCUGUCCAGCCUCAGCGGCAAGCGCGGCGCGCCGACGAGGAGCGGCGGCGGGGAGCAGGAGCGCGCCGGCGCGGGCAGCGACGACGAGGACGACUCCGGGACCGGCGGCGCCGGGUCGCGCAAGAAGCUCCGCCUGUCCAAGGACCAGUCCGCCGUGCUCGAGGACAGCUUCAAGGAGCACAGCACCCUCAACCCCAAGCAGAAGGCGGCGCUGGCGAGGCAGCUGGGGCUGCGGCCGCGGCAGGUGGAGGUGUGGUUCCAGAACCGGAGGGCGAGGACGAAGCUGAAGCAGACGGAGGUGGACUGCGAGUCGCUCAAGCGCUGCUGCGAGACGCUGACCGAGGAGAACCGCCGGCUGCAGCGGGAGGUGCAGGAGCUGCGCGCGCUCAAGCUGCUCGCCCCGCCGGCGCCGCACCUCUACAUGCGCGCGCCGCCGCCCACCACGCUCACCAUGUGCCCCUCCUGCGAGCGCGUCGCGCCCUCCGGCAAGCCGGCCGUCGACGAGAGCCGCGCCGCCAUGGUGACCCGGGCCGUGCCGACCGGGCCGUGGGGCCCCGUCCCGGUGAUGCCCGUGUUCCUGGGCAGGCCGGCCCAGAGGUCAUGA